UUUCAUUAAAGGAAGGGCACGCACUCCCGUGCCUCUUUCCGAGUCGUCUGGAACCUCCGGAGAUAACGUGACAUUACGGUCAGCCGUGUGAGCAGUAUGCGCGCGAACGUCGCCGAACGCGCACCUUCUUUCCUCUUCUCCGCGAGUCUUUGUGCCGUUCGCUGCCUCCGGUAUUGUCUCCUGCGACCAUUGUCUCGCUGAAGAUCGUUCCACGGCGACGCACCCGCGGGAGCCGCGCUGGAUUACGAAAAAAAAAGGGGGAAAUGCAGUGACCGCCCCCCCGUGGAAAAGUGAUUUCGGCGUGGACAACCGCGAAAACGAGCGAAAGUGGCCGAAACGUCAGACUUUCCAGAAUGACGUCGCCUGGGGUCCCGUUAACGAUCAUCCUCUCCGUGACAGUGACGCACACAUUCCAGCGAAUUAGCGUCGAACUGUCCGCGGCGGAUCUCGGGCUGACUCCCACGAAGACCGACCGACCACGUGUGUAGUCUCGCGGCCGACACCGAUCUACGCGCACACUCCUCUUUCCCUCUCGGUCGCCGUAAACAGUGAUGACAGUGUGAAAUCGUGGAAAUUGUGAACGACGUUGGAACGCGAGUGCCCGUACCGCGGAGCUGUUAUUCGAGACGCGAUGAGACGCGCGGUGGGAAUAAUAUUCAAAGCAGACGACACCUCGAUGCGUGUUUCGUUGACGCAUUAACGCCGAAAAAAGGACACUGAGACCGAAGUGAAAGUGUUUCAGUGGUAGCGUAUUAGGCGUUAAUGGGUCAACGAUAGUUUAGUGGAUUCGUAGUGUGCCUUUAAUUCGAGAGACGCAUCCGUUUGGUAUUUGUAGUAGCUCGAAGAAGGGGCUCUAAGGCUGGAAUCGGCGGUAACCGGACUCGGGAUCUCGGUUCGAGUAACACAUAUCGUUUCCUGAAACCGGCAUGAACAAAACGGAGCUGAAGAUCGUCCUGAGCGCGGAGCCGGGCCGCGCGUCCUCGGGCGUAAUUCACUCGCACAUACCGGUGCCGAGGAUACCGAGCGCGAUCAAGGCGCAGGAGAGAUGUCCUCCGCCGCGGCGCGGAUCCUUCGAGAAACUGUCCAGAGGCGUCUCGGUGGCCGCUCAAAAGGCGUCCUUCGAGAAGCUGGACGCUUCCGUGGUUCAGCUGCGGCCGAGGAACAACAAUCUAUCGGCCUCCAGCAUCGAGAUGCGGAACACCGGCGAGGAGAGGCAGCCGGUCGCCAACUGGAAGACGAACGAGCUGGCCGGCAGCCUGGCCAAAUUGAACCGCAGCAACAGUCUCGAGAGCAAAUGGAAGAGCAAGUACGAGGAGUCCGAGAAACGGCGGAAAUUGCUGUUGCAGAAGAACGAGGCCGCGAACAAGGACCAUGCCGACUUGGAGAAGAAAUUCCAGCAGCUGCAGAGGCAGAACAGCACUCUGCAGACGCAGGUCCAAGAGAAGGAACAAAAGCUGCAGAAGCUGCGCACGGUUUCCGAGGCGGUGUGCAAAGAAUACGAGCAACUGAAGCAUCAGUACGACGUCGAAACGGGCGCUAUGCAUAAAGCUAUGCAACAAGCGUCGCAGUGGUACAGGCAGAAUCGUGAACUGAAACGAAGGUCCCAGAUCAUAACGCAGAAGCUCAUGCAAGGAAAUUCCGAGGGAUCCUUGGACAUCGAGCUGUCGGACGAGGUCGACAACAACUUCGAAGAUGUCGAUCAAUUGCGGGAGACCGUGAAGGAAUUGAGCAAAGACAUCGCCAGGCUUCAGACGGAACUGCACUCCGCCAGACUUCAAGAAUUCGAAGCGCAGGAGCAAGUGACGCAUUUGACGACUCAGCUGGACGAAGAGAGGACUCUCAGGCAAAAAUACGAGCAGAAGGUAAACGAAAUGAAGGUGCAGAAGGAGAACAUGGAGAGAGUGACGAAAAUGGUGGCGGAGGAAGUGCAGGCGUUGAAGGUGCAAUGCGAUCGCGAACGGGAGAACGCGAAGAUCAUAAAGAUAGAAGCGGAGAGGGUACAGAAAGAGAGGAACGUGUUGGCCCACCAAAGCGCGCUGUUGAUGGCCGAAGUCGGCGAUGACCCGAACGGAAGACUGUUGACCGUUCUCCAAGAAGUGGAAUCACUGAAGAGACUGUUGGAAGAGGAGCAACAGAACCACGCGUCUCGUAUACAGAUGCUUGAGGAGAAGCUGGAGGAGAAAGAAUCGAACGUGGAGUUCGAAAUAGUGGAAGAGAAGCUGAAGUUAGCGGAGUCCGAGUUGGAAGUGGCGACCGAGAGGGCGGAGAGGGCCGAGAAAUUGGUGGAAAGUCUGGAAGGUGUGGUGGAAAGUCUUAAGACAAAGAUCAGCGAGAUGGAGGAGAAACUUUCUAGGCCACCGCCGCCACCAUUGCCGCCACCACCGCCGCCACCGAUGUUUAGCAAUGGCGCUCAAUCGUCGAUCAAAUUGCUGACGAAGGAAAAAGCGAAUUCGGAACGCAACGCUGUGGCCGACAUGGAGAACAUGCUUGGGAUCGCUAAGAAAACACCGACAGUUGCUCAACAACCGGCCAUCGAUGACAUCAUCAACCAGAUAAAAGGUGGACGAUUUACUUUGAAGCAAACGGACAAACAAAGAGAAGAGCAAAGGAGACGACGACAGGAAGCGGAAAGCGCACCACCAGCGGUCUCCGAAAUGUUAAACAUUCUGGGCACCAUGAGAAGAAGAGCCAAGCCGGUAAAGCAGUCUUUGCAAUCUACAGACGCGCCCACAUAAAAUACGAUAUUGUUAAUAAUUGUGCAAAGGUACUAUGAGUCUCAAGUGCGCCACGUGUAUCGCUGUUAAUACAUUGCAUUCUUUUAAUCAAAGAUCUGUUCUACGAAACCAACGGUUUAACAUGACGUUAUUUAUUUAGUCGUAAAAUGAACUUUCUUUUUCUGUUUUCUUUUUUCUUUUUUUUUACCAUCUAGUAUACUAUAUAGGCUUACGUAUUUUUAUAUAUACAUGUGUAUAAAGAAGCGAAUAAAAGAUGGUUAAGGGAGAAGUGAUGGAAACAGAUUGCAGUAAGCAUUAUGAAAAAAGGUGUAUUAUAAAAAGCUGGUUACAUGUACUGUAUAUAUACGGUACAGUUCAUUGUACAAAAGAUAUCAAAGAUGUUAUUUUUGAGAAG